GCCUCGAGCUGAUCUCAUCCGCCACACCACGAUUCUCACUCACCUUGUGAGGCACUCCACUGUCCAUCAAUGCGGUGACAUUCAAUUUGCGAAACCGCACAAAUCAAAGUACUGCAAUGCCUCCAAAAUCUGCAAGCAGAGCACCCGCCCGCCGGGGUCGUGCAAAGGCAGUUCGAGGUGGAAAGGCUGGAGAUGCGGCACCUGAUUCUGUGAGCUCUCCCGCUCUAAAAGAAGAGCCGCUAGGUGCAGAAGAUCAGGCAGAUCAAUCUGUGGCUGGAACAUCCUCUUCGCAAGCACCGGCUGCCUUGGUCUCCACUCCGCAACUCAGCGAAGAUGGCGUUUCGCCCAAUUCCUCACCAGCGACAGUUCCUACCGAAACACCUGCACCCACACCCGCGCGCCCAGCCCAUGCCCCUAUACUUCCUCGAACUGCACCUCCUUUGAAGAUGGACCCAGAUGCUCCUUCUACAAGCGCUGCGAGCACCGAGCCUAGUACACAGCCUUCGGUCAGAGGUGGACCGUCAACAAGAGGCGGUAGGGGUGGAGCUAGAGGAGGUCCAAAGGCACCUAGCAAGUUCAAGCCAAAGGCUGUUCGAAGUGAUGCAUCGAAGCGUGCUGAGCUUGCACAGAAGGAACAAGAGCGUUUGGCUGGGCUUGCGGCCUGCGCGGCGAAGGCAGAGGCCAGAGCAAAUAGAGGUAGAGGUAGACCUGCAAGGGGACGAGGGGACGUAAUGGGCAGGCCUGCUAUGAGUAGAGGAAGUGGAGGCGGGUCUGGAAUCUUUGGGGCUCUACCGGAGUCUAUAAAAAGAGCUCCUAAUGGAUUCAGCGCCCCUAGAAUGGGUGGAGGAAUUGGUCCAUCUGGAGGCUUUGUGGGAGACUACAAGAGAGAUCCAGGUUCGCGUUCUGGCGGUGGAGGAGGGGGAGGGAGUGGUGGAGGAGGGGGCCAUUACAGCGGUGGGGAUUACAUUCCAAACCCUCGCUAUCCUGGACAAGACAAUGAUACACCUCGGGUGGAUAUUGAGUUGAUUAAUUUAGUCUCAGACGAUGAAGAUACUCCGCGAUCCAGUCGUGGGAAACGAGGUAUGCUACCAGUCCGUCUUGACAGACAUGAGCAUCAACCACGAGUCACAAUUGUCAACACAGGCCCAGCCGUCAAAGCCCAGCCCGACGACGGUGAUCAGAUCGAGAUUGACGAGAAGCGUUCUGCUCGUCCAGCAAUCAAACAAGACUCUACGAAAGGAGAUCCUGGAGAUGAUAUUCAGAUCAAGUCAGAACCCGAUCUCACAGUGGCAAUCCGAGGCACAACUCCGGACCCCUUGGCUGAAGUUGAUCCAAUAUCUCCAAAUUCCAAACGCAAAGUCAAGAAUCGCCAGUUGUCUCCGGGGGUUGAAGCUGGCCAUGACAUAUCAGCCAAUGCCAUUCCAGGCGCCAAGGACGAGAAGAAAGCAAGAAGAAGCAACAAAAAGCGUGAUCAGAAGCCAGUUCUCCAAACCGAGGAAGACAGAGCAGAGUACGCGCGCCAUCUUCUCGAUGUCGAAGUUCUCGCUAAAGAACUCGGGGGCAUGCAAGGAAAUCUCAAUUCUAGUGGCAAAGGCAAGGAUGCUGAAGGCGAUAAUAUGAUGGAUGAUGUGUCAAAACCUGAGGACCACAGAUCAGGACGUCUAUACCUCUUCCAGUUCCCUCCCGUUCUACCUGAACUGUACAAUCCCGUCGACGGCAACCCACGAAAGAAUAUCGAUCUUACUCAGGCCGAGGCAGAAAAACCGAAGUACAACGAUGCAGAUGUACAGAUGACAGGCACUGAACCAUCUUCAAAGAGUAAAGGCAAGCUUAAGGACCGUAGUGAUCUCAUCGGUGAAGCACCUCCCAUUAAAGUAGAAGAGGAAGCCGUCCCACUUGACAAAGUCAAGAAGGAAGAGGUGAAAAACGGUCGCCCUCCAUAUGUGAACGAAGAAGGCUGGAUCGGGAAGCUCAUUGUACGUAAGAGUGGCAGAGUCGAGCUGUCAUGGGGCGGUGUGAACCUACUCGUCGGACGGGGAGUUGACGCAGGAUUUCUCACCACUGGAAUCGUCGUCGACAGUCUCGAGAAGGGUCCACCUGGUGGAGGCGCUCCUGAAGGUAGAGCAUUGAGCAUGGGACAGAUUAUGGGAAAAUUCGUCGUUACUCCGGACUGGGAACAUAUGGAGUGAUGACUUGAGAUCCGGCCGGGUUGGGUAGGAGUGUGGUGCAUUAUAGGCGUCGAAAAUGGGCUGCAUGGGUUGGCGUUCGGGGGGGACUUGAAUACAGGCUUGACUCCAAGCAACCAACAACUUGUGCAAUACUACAGGUGGAUAACAUUGAUAGAUGAAUUUAGAGACAUGAUGUGUUUAUCUUCAUUUUGCCUCGUGUUCUACGAAUGCGCGAGUUGCUAUUUCUUAUCGACCAGAUGCCCUGUCACUCGCGCGAACAGUAGUCUUGUCAAGGACACGGAUUAUCAGCUCGCUAAACCAAUCGCUGGGUAAACAAAUGUCAGAAGGUUUCCUCGCCAGACAAUUGUUAACUGUUGACGGAAGUAUUCGUAUCUUUACGCAGGCCAAAAGGUACCAGUUCUAUUGUCGAAAGCGUGAACUAUCAUUAUUCUCCUCUAAUGCUCCCUCCGUGAUAGUAUAGGUCAAUUCUGCAUCUAUACAACUCUAUGGUCAUCAAUCAUCAGAGCAAGGACAUCUCAUUUCCGCACAGUUGCAAAAUUGGCAGAGAAAUCGCACAGGGUCUAGCGUAUAGAGACAAGCUUGAGGUCCCAUGUGAUAGGAUUCUUGAGGGUACGACCAAUCUCAGCACCAAGAGGAUCAUAACACAGACAUUCGUUGGAUGUGUGCUGUCGGAGACACGACGAGACCGAACGCAAGAAAUUUCUUUAUACAGCACCAGGUUCUUCUUGUAAAGCAGUAUGGUCCAAGCAAAUUUACAACGCAGACAGAUGCUUGAUGAAGGGGUCUAUAGUUCUUGGCCCCUAUUGGCUUCUAGACUCCUUUAGCCAUUGGACUUUAGACUACAGUAACAAAGUAUUCAGGUAAAAAAAAAUUGCAGAAAGA